UGCGCUUAACAGGCUGCUUACCGAAACUUCACUCAAGUAAUCAUAGUACUGCUAAGGCGUUACUUAGCAACACUAUUCACACUGGUAUAUAGGAGCGUACGGAUCGGAGACCGUGCGAAACAAACAGCUCCAGAAGCUGAGUGCGCAGACAGCGCUGGAGAUAGUGCUGUGACACGGGCUACGCGCUAUGGACUACUGUUGAUUUGUUGAGGAAGAAACAGCGCACACUCCAGCUCCUUCUGGUGCUCACACACCUGUUUCAUUCACCUCGCUUUAUUUCUGCUGAUAACUGUUAUCGUGAUACAUUGGGCAUUAGAGUGCUUGUUGUUGUACAGUGAGAGAAAACCUGCAAGAUCAUGAAGUCUCUGCUUGUAGCAGUUUUAAUGGUUCUCAUCGCCGCCGCCCAAGUUUCCGGCGAAGAAAAUGACCCAAAAGAGGACACUGAUUACUGGACGAGCACUAAUCAAAUCCAGAAUGGCUGGAUUUCCAACAACCCGUUCAGAGAAGCCCUGCUGAGACUGACAAGAAAGCCAAAGCCACAUCAGUUUAUCGGUCUGAUGGGGAGGCGCUCUAUGGCAAACACACAGAUCACCCGCAAAAGACAUAAAGUGAACUCCUUCGUUGGACUGAUGGGGAAGAGGAGCCAAGAGGAGCCAGCAGAGUCUUAUAACUGGAACACAAUAGAGAUGUAUGACAAGCGCCGCUAAACAGCUGUCACCUCUCUGCUUCUCAUCAAAUAUUCUUCAGCCACGGCACGGGGACCGGAUGUUGGUUUUGUUUUUCUCCAUACCGCAUAUAGCUGUUAGCUCAUUUAAAAGAUGGCAUUUUUCAUACUGUAGUGAAAUAGCAGUUCUGUAUUUGUGUCAGUUUGAUCUGUUUCGGUAGAAGAAAGAGUGGAGUUUGAGGAAGUGUCAUUAUAAAUGUUAAUUUCCACCACCUGCCAGUUUUCUGAACAGUGUGCUGAUAGUUUCACUUCAUUGUGCCUCAUAACUGAUUGUUUUUUGCUAAUACAACAAAAUAGCACAGGUGCUCAUUUUGGCUUUCGAGUGACUUAUAGAAGCUGCCUUGUUCUUCAUCUGCAUAUGUUGUGAUGUAAUGUUAAAAAUUGUAUUAAAAUUAUUUUAUCACUG